UGUUGGACUUUGCUAACGGAUUAUUCUGUUGCCAUUAAAGUGUCGAGCACCAGUUAGCGCCGCAAGCUAAUUAGCGCCCCUACCAGGAUGCUAUCAAGCAGGGAGAUAAACAUCUUUGCCUUUUUCGCUCACGCACGUCAGCGCAUGCGUCAGUCAAUGUCAUGGUAACAAAUGCUCGGCUCGGCCGAGUCUAUAUAAGGCGCGCAGACGUUAGGAAUUCCCCUUUUGCAUUUGGAUACUGACUUACAGAAGCAAACAACGAUAGAUCAACAAACGAGCAAGAAGAUGGCUCAAAAAAAGAAUCGUGUCAAUAGCCAGAGAGAAGAAGAGGUCAUUAAAGGAAUAAUGGAAGAGGAGCGAGUAAAUUGGGCCUCCUCAUACAUUCAAGAGCGUCGCGAGCAGUUGCAGAACAUGCUAAGAAGCCUGGACAAAAAUGCUGCAUGGAUGACAGAAAAUGAAAAGAUCGAGAGAGUGUACUUGAAAGAUCAAAUUGAAUCUCGCAUACAAAUGGAUGCUGUGCAGUAUGAGAAAGAAAUGGAGAAAGAAAGACAGAAACAGCAGCAAGAGAAACGGAAAAAGGAGAUUCAUAAGAAAUAUGAAAGAUACAUCAGUGCCAACAAUGAGCUUCCAGACCUUAUAGAAAAGAGAAGGUUGAAAUUAGAGAAGAUGAAGGAAGUAAUGACACUGAAGCAAGAAGUGGCAAAACAGCAAAGAUGGGAGAAAGAAAUGGAACUGCGAGAGACCUUUGACAAGUGGAUGAAGAAAGAGCAGAUGAAAGAGCUAAAGAGAAGGGAGAAGUGGCAGAAGAAGGAAGAUGAAAUCGAGGAGAAGGAAGAGAAAGAGAGACAGCAAAUGACCAUGAAGAAUGCAAAAAAGCAACGGAAGAUGGAAAUGAGAAGAGAGAAAGCUGUGAAGAAAAUGGUUGAAAAGGAGAUCAAAAAGGAGGAUGAAAGACUGAAACUGGAAGAGGAGAGGAGGAAAAAAGAAGAAAGAGAAGAGCAGAAAAAGGAGAAGAAGGAGAAAAAGCAGGAAAUGAAGAAAAGCAUAAAAGAGGCAGAGAAACUAAGACAACUGUGUGAGAAAGAGCGAAAAAAGUACCUGGAAAAGGAAAGAAGAGAAAACAAAACCAAAGAAGAACAGAGAAAAGGAAAACAUCCAGAAGACUUUCAGGAUGAAGAGGAGAGGAAGCUGGAGAGGCUGACGCACAACACUAGGAGAUUUGUUGCCUGGGACAUCACUUGUAAAAAUGCCACCACCCAACAACAGAGCGCCAGUUUGAAAGGCGCUCCCUUCCCAAGGAUGGACCGUUGUAUAGGCCCCGUGUCCCUGGAGGUCAUCCUGGUGGAAGACGUGGAGGACGUCCUCAUCCUGUGCAUAUAGUCAUCAGUCUCCAGCUGAAGCUCAGGCACGUGCCGCGCGAGCUCCAGCUCCAGCUCCAGCUCCAGCUCCAGCUCCAGCUCCAGCUCCAGCUCCAGCUCCAGCUCCAGCUCCAGCUCCAGCUCAGCCACAUGUCGCGCACUUGUGCUUCUGAAGUUAAUGUUCACACAGAUGCAGCUGUGGAGGCCGGAGAACUUCAUUCAGCACCUUUAUAACAGAGAUGAGAUGCUGACUCCAUAUCAGAUAGAGGGACCAUAGGACCACCUGGAGAACUGUUGUCACUUGUGUUCCCGGAGGCUCAAUAACACCCUGCACCUCUUCCUCCAGCCUCAACUCCAGAUGAAGAGGGGCCUCUGAAUCCCAACCACAUAGUGCAAGUGACUGAAUCACUGCUUCCUCUGUGCUGUUGGGUUUGGAAGCUCUUCACACAAACAUCGGUAACUCACUGCUGGUCUCCCUCUGCCAGCAGAAGACCGUCAAGGCCAGCCAUGUCUUUACCCUCAGAGUCGGAACCGAGUCCAUCCAGCAUCCCGUCUUUGGGGAUUCUGGAGCAGACGCCAGCCUUAUUGAUGCGGAGCUAGCCGAGGGGCUAGGGGUAGCCACUUCACCCAUUUCAACCUUACCUUGACAUAACUCUAGUGAAUUGGCUCUAUAAUGAAAUUGAAUUGAAUCCGAUACAAAUUUCAAUAAAUACAUUUGAUGUUAAACAUAUCGUUUUCUUUGUAUUGCUAAGUUCCACUGUGAGAUUGUGAAUGUUAGUAAAAAUCCUUCUACUUAGGAUAUAACUUUGUCUAUUUGAUUCUGCUUCAUCAAAAGCUCUAAGAUUUUACCACUUUACGAGUGGUGGGUGUGAAAGUGCAAAGAAUGAGUUUUAGAUUUAUUCAAGACAUUUGCACAGACAAAUCUACUGAAGAAGUGGCAUAACUGUACUGUAGCUAAAUGUACAAUAGUACCAGUAGUUCCACUCCUCUAUUGUAGCUAUGACUUGCCUGUAGUUACGUUUCAAGUUUUUAUCCAACAUUUGUUCUUGUUUAAAUGUUGUUCUUUGUGUUUCUGGAUGUCCUGAUGAGAUUUGUACAAGCAGACUUGAAGCUACUAUACAACGUCUUAAUGUACAGAAGCCAACACUUCCUAACCACCUUUUAUCACUUCGUUAUUGAGUGCUUGCUUUCUCCGUCACCUCCUGGUUUAAUUCCAUUAGCCUGCAAAGAAAGAAAUCUGUCGGGACCUCUCACAUCCUAACUCCCAUGUUCCAGUGGUUCCCAUCAGGACACAGACUGUCCCUGAUGCAGGACUCAAAGGAGGAGAAACACUGUAAACCCAGCAGUAGUUAUCCAUCUGAACGCUGUCCUGUACAAUGAUGCUUUUAAUUGAUCCUAUUAGUAAUAUUAAUUUUCCGGAAUGCUCCUUAAUUGGCCUUCAGUGAUAAUAGAGAUGAAGUGUUUAAAAUUGAAUUGAUCAAUACAUUAUAAAUACAUGAAAUACUUAUGUAUAAAUUAUUAAAUUUAUAUUAUUAUUUCGCUCA